GGCUUGUGUCCAUGCAGUUGUUGUCAUUGCACACAGUGCACAAAACGGAGUGGUAGCUGAUUACUGCCCCUCCCCCCUCAUAGCUCCCCAGCCCAAGCUCAAGGAAGGCGCAGCAUAUUGCGCUAGUAGGCGCCACACGCAGCGGGGUGGUGCGCGGUGCAACCAACUCACACUUCCUCUCACCAGUCCCAUCAAUCCAGCCUCACCAUGCGAGCGCUUCGAGUGUAUCCGUAACCGACAUGGAUCAUCCAUUUGUUCAGGCCAGGGGCGCAAGGCCCAAGGCAAACCCCCUUGGAGGGGCAUCAUCUCUGUGUUCUGUCUGACCGGACAGGAACUUCCAUAUCUUCUCACCUCUAUAACCUUACUGAUACAUGCAUCUUGCUUCAAGUCUUUCUUUCUGAUGCUCUGAAUCACCUCGCUUCAACCCAUUGGCAUUAUUGGCAUCAUGGCUUCCUCGACACCACCCCCUCCUACCGCUAAACCGCCGCCACCUCCCCCCUUACAAUCAGGCUCAACAUCUGAAGCAUUUGGGCAAUUCACGUUCACGGGGUUACCUCCUGGACUGUUCUCAAACAAGCACACAGCUCCGCAACGAACGUCCUCUCCCGCUGCCCAGAGCACGAACGAUGCCCCGGCGUCGACGACAUCCCCGUCUUCAUACAAGCUCUCGGCAUCAGCAUAUGGCUCUCAAAAAGAUCCCCGUCCCCCAGUUUCAGCUCCGCCAUCCCAAUGGCAACCCCCGGGCCCGGCAAGCUUCAGUAGCCCUAUGCCACCUCUGACAGCCCCAUCAUUUGGAGGUCAGGUCAAUGUGAAAACCCAGGGUGGCCAGGGACAGCGAUCAGUCCAACUGCAAUUUGAAGGCCAACGAACGCCCGAUGUCAUGCCAAAACCUCCUCCACCAGCACAGCCGGCCGCUGUACCAACAGGAGAAACACGUCUGCAGAUUGCUCUUGACUAUGGCACCACCUACACCGGUGUUGCUUAUUUGCCCGUAUCUGCCAACAACUUGAAACAUCGCGGGUUGGAGGAAUUCACAGAAGACAUCAAAGUAAUCACAGCUUGGCCACCAAAGGAAGAGCAGGAAAAAGUCCCAUCCCAACUGUCCUACUCCGUCACGCCUAAAGGCUGUGCACAGUAUGGCUACGACAUUGACGAUAACUCCCUGGUGUUGAAGAAGACAAAGAUUCAGCUCGAGGCAAUGGGCACUCGCCUCGACGAGCUGCGGACCCUGAGCGAGUUGCUCAAGGAACUUCGCGAUAUGGACCUCAGCGAGGAGGAAGUGAUCGAGAACGGCAUUCCCGAGCAUCUUGCCAAAGAACCCGAGGAGAUUGUCAAGGACUACUUAAAUGAGAUUGCAGAGAAGACAGAAAAGAUCAUCACCACUGAGCUUGGCAGGCAUGUGCUGUCAAAUGUUGCCAUAGACUUGGCUGUCACUCAUCCAGCAAUUUGGUCAGACCGAGCCCUCAACUCUACGUACCGUGCCGUUCGGGCAGCCUUUAAUCAUGACCUCUUCCCCAAGCUGGAGAACAUUUCAUUUGUCUCUGAGCCGGUUGCCUGUGCUCACUUUACGCUUCGUGAGGCAUGGAAGAACAACCGGGUGCGGUUCAGAAAGGUACGAGCCCGCAGUUUAUGGCUACCUUGGCCAGUGUUGAACUUGACUGAUAAGGCAAAACAGAAUGAUUGUUUCAUUGUGGUCGAUGCUGGCGGUGGGACCGUUGAUCUUGCUUGUUACAAAGUUGUGGACAUUGACUACGAGAAGAAGGAGAUGAAGCUGGACCAAGUCGGAAAUCCUUUGGGCGCUACUUGUGGGUCGACUUGCGUCGACGAUGACUUCGAGGCUUUCGCAGCGUACCAGUUAGGGGACAAGGCCUGGCAGCAGCUCACCACGGAAGGUGUCAAGCAUGCUGCUGGAGGGCAUACUAUCAUGAGGCCUACACUUCGUGGCAUACAAGAGAAGUUCCAGGUCAUCAAGCACAGUUACGACGGAAAGGAGAGCGGAUUAACAGCUCCUAUCUAUUUGCCCAAGAGCUUCCGCAUCUCUGAGGAAAUGAAGGGUGUCUCGAACGGAGCGCUGAGUAUAACACCGGCCGACUUGAAAAAGAUGUUUGACCGAUCGGUCAACAAGACUGUCUAUCUUAUUCAGCAAGCUGUAACUCAAAUCAAGCUGGGAGAAGAGCUUCCGGUCAAGACCGUCUUCCUUUCUGGCGGGUUUGCGCAGAACAAAUACCUGAUCCAAAGGGUCAAGGAGUUUUGCACCAAGCAAAAGAUUGAGCUUGAAGAAGGAAACGGCUCGUGGGCUGCCGUCGCCAGAGGUGCCAUCAUCAAGUCUCUGGGUGUCUACACUGAGAAGCCCAAGCAUGUUAUAAGCUGCCCACGAUAUUACGGCAUCAAGGUGCGCAGGCCAUUCGCUUCGUACGAGAACCACGCCCGCAGCGACAUCGAUGUCGAUGCCCAGGGCAUCCAAUGGGCAACGGACCAAAUCCGUUGGUUUAUCCAGAAAGGCGACGCGAUUCUCCCCAACAAACCCACAGUGGCAAGAUACGAAUUACACUUCUCGAUGAACGCAAGCGAAUUCCCUGGCACACAGUUGCAGAACAAACGAGGUGGGCGCGGAGUACCACAACAGCCGGCGGCCGUCUUUCGGGAUGUUGUAUUUUUGUCCUCGUCAAGAGACAAGGCACCGACAGCGAUGAGCAUGGUCAAAGAGGAGUCUGAACAGAUGUAUACAUUGAAGGUCAAUUUGACCGAUGUUCCGCAGGCACAUAUUGUUCCCGUGGAGACGGGAAACAAGCAACAAGGGAGGCAGUUGCAGUUCCAUGUCGUGGUUGAGAUUCAGGUGUUUGACGAGGUGACUGUAAGCAUCAAGAGUGGGGACACUACAUUGGCGUCGAGGAAGAUAGCCUUGGAAUAG